CCCCUUCAAAGAUCUGCAUCUCUCCUCCUUCAAUCCUCAGUUCAUCAUUUUCUUCAUGUGAUUUCAGAGGAAACGCCACUUGAAGUUGGAUCUGGAUUGAUUCAAAAGCCGUAGCCGACCGGAAACCGACUUUCGGAAGUUCCUUUUUUGAUUUCAGGAAGCGGAGAUGGCAAGUCGACUGAAGGAAGAAGAGAAAAAUGAGCGGAUAAUCCGGGGUCUUCUCAAGCUUCCCGAGAAUCGAAGGUGUAUUAACUGUGCUAGUCUGGGACCACAGUAUGUUUGCACAAAUUUCCGGACGUUUGUGUGCACUACCUGUAGUGGAAUACACCGAGAGUUCACCCACAGAAUAAAAUCAGUAUCAAUGGCUAAAUUUACUUCACAAGAAGUGAGUGCUCUUCAAGAAGGAGGGAAUCAGCGUGCGAAAGAAAUCUAUCUUAAGGAAUGGGAUACCCAACGUAAUUCUUUUCCUGACAUCAGCAAUGUUGGGAGGCUACGGGACUUUAUUAAGCAUGUAUAUGUGGAUAGAAGAUACACUGGUGAAAGGAACCAUGACAAGCCUUCAAGGGCAAAGAUGGGUGAUAGGGAAGACUUUAAUGAAAAUGUGAAGACAGAUGGAUAUCAGAGCGGCCCAAGAAGCCCACCAUAUGAAGAUACAUAUGAACGCCGUUAUGGUGAAAGGUCUAGUCCUGGAGCAAGAAGUGAUGAAAGAAAUUCUAGAUAUGGUUAUGAUGAAAGAAGAAGCCCUGGAUAUGAUCAUGAAAGUCGACAGUAUGGUGAUUACAGAAGUCCUGCUCGUCCUGAGGUUGUCAAUGACUGGCGCCGUGAGGAUAGAUUUAGUAAUGGGAGGAAACUUGAAGACCGCAGAAAAUCAGACGGAGAUCCCAAGUUGGAAGGGAGAUCACCAGAGCGACCAAAAGAUCAUGAGUCAUCUAGUCCCCCAGUUGUUCGGCCUAUUAGAGAAAUUUUAGGGGAGAAUGUAUUGCCUCUUUGCAUACAAGAGCCUCCAAAAGCAGAUGAUGGCAGGACUGCUGAUGGCUCCCCACAGGCACAAAGAACUGCAUCAUCCAGUAGCUUGGUAACUGCCACGACCAAUGGUAAUGCAGAAGUCAAGUUGGAGACUACUGUAAGCUUAAUAGAUUUUGAUGCUGAUCCUGAACCUACUCUAGCUGCAACAGUUACAACACAGCAGACAACCAUGACUCAAUCUGUUGUGCAGCCAACGAGUUCUGCCAAUGACAAUAAUUGGGCCUCUUUUGAUAAUGCUCCUGCAGCUCAAAUGUCUCAGGCCCCAUCAAAUACGAAUACACUAGACUCUGUUCUCUCUCAAUUAUCAGCUCCAGCGUCUCUGCCAAAUCAUACACCAGGAGCAUCAAGUAGUUUUGGUGUUCCAGUAGCUACAUCUCUGGCCAACACCUUAUCACCUCUUGGUGAUGAUUUAAUCAAUGCUUCUAUUACACACCCACCAACAAUACCCUUAGGUGCAGGUGCUCCUACUGCUGCACCUCUUAUGGGCUUGUCAACAUUUCCUCCGAAGGUUGCUGUGGCUGCAACCCCUGGAAUGAUGCCUGUGAGCAGUGGGAGUUCCAGCUUCAACAUUAAUAAUGCUGGUCAAUGGCCCAGCAUGCAGCAUCAGCAACCUUCUUUGGUCUCUGCAGCCCCUAGCCCAUCUCCUCAACAAUUUAUGCAGCCAGUUCAUGGAGCUCCAGUAACUCAGCCAUGGAAUUUUUCCUUAUCCCAGAAAACACAAGGACCAUUGAGCACACCAGCCGCACAAGCAUCUCAAGCUGUCUCAAAAACUAGCCAGGGAGCCACUUCCAAUGGUGCAUUACAACCUUCUCUUGUGGAAACAAAGUCAACUGGAAGAAAAGAACUGCCAGAGGAUCUAUUUACUGCAACCUAUCCAACCUUUCUGGCUCCAGUUCCAGGAUGGCACCCUGGUUUACCUCUGGGCAUGGGGUUUCCCAUGCAAUAUAAUAUUGCAGCACCAAUGCCAACUUUUCAACAGUCAUCAAGAUCAAUAAAUCCAUUUGAUAUCCACAAUGAAGCACCAGCAGUGCAGACUCAAACAUUUCCUUCAAUGGGUUCAUUGCAAGGUGCAUUACCAAAUAUGCCCUCUACAUCUGUUCUACUGCACACCUCUAGCCUUGGUACUCCAUCACCAACAUGGAUGCCCCCACCCCAGUCAUUACCCUCUUCAUUAGCAGAACCAUCCCAGGCCCAACCCUAUGGGUCAGCACUGCCACCAAGGACAUAUACAGGACCUCAGGUACCAAGUAGCAUGAAAACUCCCAGCCAUCAAGUAAGUGGCAUUGGCAGUGAGACUGGUUUUGGCUUUGUAAAUAUGGAUCAGCAGUUUGCCGGGAGGUUCUCAGCACCUGCUACCCCACAGCCAUUCUCUUCUGUUAACCCAUUUGGAUGAACUUAAAAUGGAGGCUUGCUCACAAUUUCAGGUUAGGCAUCCUCUUGUUGCUAACUGGGAAAUUGCUGGGCAGUAAGUUUUGUUUUUGUGAGAAGAUCCUAGGCUUCCAACAGAUCCAUUAAUCCCUCACUUUGGCUGUAAGGACCUUAGAUUCAAAAUUGGCUAUAGAAAAUUAGUUUAAUUCUAUAAGAGAGGUGAAUAUGAGUUCAAGAAAAGAUAAAAUUAGGACGGUACAGACGUCCGUGAGGAUCAUAGGUUAUUUUUUGUGUAGUUAUGAUGUUUAUUAGCACUCGUGACUUCCAUUGAGUGAUCUGCUUGUUGCCUCGUGUCCUAGAUGUUGUAUCAUACUUCUUUCAUUUUCAUGUUUUGUAUAAUUAAUAUUUCAAUCUCUCCAUCGUUGUGGGAAGCGCUUUUCUUAUACGAAAC